AUGGAUAUCCUGAGAAAGUGUGCUUCCUUACAACUCGCUUGUAUGCUUAUGGGGAUGAUAGGAAUGGGAACUGCUACUAAGCCAGGGGAAUCCUCAUCUAGUUCUAUUUAUGGGGUGUCAAAUGAAAGAAAGAUAAUUAAUAACUACUUUAGUGACGACCAAAUCGAGAAAUUUCUUGAAUGGAUAUCUAAAAUACCAAACAUCAUCAAGGAAAAUUCAAGUGAGAUCAAGGUCGCUUCAGGAUUGAUAAAAGGCUCCAGAGAAAAUCUAUCUGGGCCAGUUCGAGCAAUAGGUGAUGUCUUUAUUCGAAUCCUUGGGACGAAUGUGAAUGAUGUGAAGUUCUUCAAAGAUUUCUUUAUACUUGUUCUUGUUAAAUUGAUCAAUAUACCGGAUAUUAUUGAGGAGGUGAGCAGUGCCUUGAGCUAG